AUGAAAAAGAUAAAUUGUAUUUUAUUUUUGGUAAAUAUAAUAAUAGGAUCGAUUGUAAUUGACUACAAUCAGGUGAUGAUCGUUUCAGCAGCGAUAUCAACAAAGAAAGGUGUUACCUACGGAGCAGACAAUCGAUCACAAUCAAUUAUUUGUAAUGACUUGGCAUCGUUUAAUGUUUCAUGGUAUUACAAUUGGGGAAAACAACCGAGUUGUCAAGCCGGUGUCCAAGGUGUAGAGUAUGACCCUAUGGUUUGGGGCAAAGCAAAUCUACCAGUCGGUAACAUUGCUCCAGGCAAUUGGAUAAUGGGAUUCAACGAGCCAAACUUUAUUGGUCAAGCAGAUCUCUCACCUUCAGCAGCCGCUGCACUCUGGCCACAAAUUCAACAAACCGGAAGAAAGAAUGUACUUGCGGGUUUAGCUGAUUGUGGUGGUGUCGGUGGUAAUUGUAAAUAUAAUACAGUACAAUGGGCAGUUGAUUUUCUGGGUAAUUGUACUAAUUGUCAGGUCGAUGCCAUUGCUGUACAUCAAUACUAUUGCUCUGCAUCGGAUGUGAUGACAAAGAUUAAUAGAUUGUACCAAGCUACCAAGAAACCAAUAUGGCUAUCAGAGUUUGCAUGUAAUGGAGCGUCUAGUUAUCAACAGGUGAUCGAUUUCGCUAAGGAAUUGCUACCACAACUAGAAUCAAGUACGGUAGUCGAACGUUAUUCAUGGUUCAUUCACUGGUGUCAAGGUUGUAAAUCAAGUGAUCUACUAUACUCAUCGUUACUCUAUGACAAUGGUACGAUGACACCAUUCGGAGUGUAUUACUCUAGUUUCGGUACAAAUAGUUCAAGUGGAACAACAACAACAACUUCCACCACCGCCACCACCACCACUACUACUAGUACCACAGGUGAUAACAAUGGUUCAAAACUCUCAACCUAUUACAUUGUAAUUGUAUUAGCUGUAUUAUUAUCUUUAUUAUUAGUUUAA